AUGGUAUUAACUCGAAGCGGUUUAGAUUUGUCAAAACGAAGCUACUAUCAAGUAAUGCCUGAUCAAAGAGAAGAAGAAAAGCUGGCUCAUUCAAGUAUGUCAAACUCAAAAAUUAAUAUGACUGAUUUGUACAAUGCAAACGUAUCAUGUCAAUCAACUAAAUCGGAUUUAUCAACAGCCACUAUUGGUUCCUCACCUCUCAUUUCUACUGAUGCAAAAGAAACCAAAAUUAUUGCAUUACCAGAACUCGAUAGUGACACAUCAAAUACUAUGACUGUUCCACCACAAACUCUAUCGACAUGUCACUUAAUGAAUAACAAUGAAGAUAAAGAAUUAGCUCGAAUUCCUUACUAUAAUGGA